AUGCUCAGGCUCGUCUUGCUCUUUCUUGCCAUCUUGCAUGCAACAGAUGCCAUCCUGGUGUUUGAUGCGAAGAGCAAGGAAGCGCGAUGGACGACAUGGCCCGAGGAAGGGGACGCAGCGCGUGAGUCGGGGAGGGGGAGGGCAGGAGCAACGCUGGAAGCUACAGAAGCAGGGUAUGCGAGAGUGACAUUGCAAGACGCUGAUGCUUCUCUUACCGCAUGCCAUGAUGGCUGCGUAGUCCCUCCCACCCUCCGCGUCCUCGAGGAUGGGAUGCGGGACCGACCAGUCGCGUAUAGGAUGAGGAGCGUUGGUGGUCUGUAUGAGUGCCCCUGCAUAUCAGAGAGGACGAGGCAUCGCUUCGACAAGCUUGUGGUAGAGCAUGUGCUGGGCAAGUUUGGCACAGAGGGAGGUGGAGGAGAGGCAGGAGCGGGAGAAGAGAAAGGAGGAGGACGAGGAGGAGGAGCAGGAGGACGAAGACGAGGACGAGGGCUCAACUACUGCUCGCUGGGCUCAGGCGGACUGUUCUCUGACCUUGUCCUGCUCUGCGGACUUGUGAGGUCUGGAGUUCGGCUAUCACGAGUGAUGCUGUGCGAUAGGUGCGAGGCGCAUCUUUCAAGAGAUAACAUGUGGGCAUGA